AAUAUCUUAUGUGAUAUACAUCAGUUAAUUUCGCAACCUACGGUAACUUCUAAAUUGUCAGCAUAACAAUUUCACGAAUUAUUUAACAAAAUUUUUUUCCUGUUUGUCAUUGCCUGCAUUUUUUGACAAAUAAAAAUUAAUUAUAGAUAUAUUUUUUAAACAUUUCAAUUUAAUUUCUUAUACUUGUAAUUGUACAAACAAUUUACAUCUAUAGCAUUUUUUUAAUAUGAAAUGAAUAAAGGAUCAAUCAUCUGUUUUAUAACAUAUCUGUAAUUCUCUGUCUUAUAAAAAUAACAAUACAUAAAACUGUUUUUAUUCCUCAGAAUCGCAAGUUCCAAGUUUCUCAACUGUAUUUUGACGGUGCCUUUGUUGAAUGAAGUCAACUCUACUAAGUUCCAAAUUGCUAUUUUUGAUCAGCUACUGGCUGGGUUUCCUACCUACUGCUGUUCAAUAUUCUACGCUUGACAAGAUUUACAUGACAGAUAUAACACUUGACAUGGAAAUGAAUAAAAAACGUCAAAGAAAAGAUAUCUUGUAUGUAUCAAAGCGACACCUUACAAGAAUAGCUGCACAGGAGGCAGAUAUUAUUUGUCACAAUUUGUUUGAUAGAACUUCAUUGUCGUGUGAUAAUAGUAAAUUCACAACAGAUUUGAACAAUGACAGAAUUAAUUCUACAAUAAUAGAUACUGACAAUGAUCUAGAAUGUGAAAAUAAUGUCAGUUUUGUACAACAGGAAAAUGCAAACAUAUUUGUACAAUAUGAAAAUGCAAACAGACAAUCAGAGUCGGAUUCACAACAAUUAUCUUUAAACGUUUCUUGCGAUGAAUUAAGCGAUCUGUCAUUUGAAAAUGAAAGUGAUAGCGAUUUUCAAGACAAUCUUGCAGUCUGGGCUAUAAAACAUAACAUUACACAUACCGCUCUCAAAGCAUUGCUACUAACGUUGAAGAAACAUCCUUGUUUUUCCACACUCUCUUCGGAUGCACGAACACUUUUAAAAACGCCAAGACAACAACACAUCCGUGUAGUUGUACCAGGAUCAUAUUAUCAUUUUGGUUUAGUGGAACCAAUAAGACAAAUAUUAUCUUCUGUAAAAGAGAAUAUUGAUUGCUUAAAAAUAGCUAUAAACAUUGAUGGAUUGCCUUUAACAAAAUCAUCGCAACAACAGUUUUGGCCUAUACUUGGAUCAGUUAUUCCGUAUAACAACGUUUUUAUGAUUGGGCUGUAUCAUGGCUAUGAAAAACCGGAGGAUAUCAAUGAUUUCUUAAAAGAUUUUGUCAAUGAGGCUACAGAAAUAUGCGGCAAUGGAAUUAACAUCAACGGUCGACAGAUAGCAUGUCGGAUUGAAGCUUUAAUUUGUGAUGCGCCAGCUAAAUCAUUCGUUUUAUGUGUCAAAGGACAUUGUGGAUAUUCUAGUUGCACAAAGUGUACUACGCAAGGACAAUAUGUAGGAAAUCGGAUAUGUUUCCCACAAAUUGACGCACCACUUAGAUCAGAUGAUGACUUUAUACAAAAGGUAGACGAUAGUUAUCACAAACCAAAUACAACGUGUAGUCUGUUAAAUAUUCCUUAUUUCAAACCUGUAAAAAAUGUUCCGUUGGACCCCAUGCACUUGAUUUUUUUGGGAUUGAUGCGCAAAUUAUUGAACUUAUGGCUUUAUGGAGAACUACAAUAUCGACUACCACAGAGAGCCGCGGACGAAAUUUCCACACGUUUAAUUACUCAUUUAAAGCCAUCAAUACCUGUAGAGUUUGCAAGAAAACCACGAAGAUUGGAUUGUAUAAAAUUAUGGAAAGCUACAGAAUACAGACAAAUAUUAUUGUACACGGGUCCGUUAGCAUUUAAAUCUAUAUUGAAGAAAAAUGCAUAUAUACAUUUUAUGACAUUACACGUCAUUAUAAGGAUCUUGUCUUCAGAGGAUUUACAUGAACACUUAAGCUAUGCGCAACGUCUCAUUUGUUUCUUUAUUGAAACAUUUAUAAAGCUGUAUGGAGUUAAAAACGCCUCACAUAAUGUUCACAAUUUAAGUCAUCUUGUGGAUGAUGUGAAAAGAUUUGGACCUCUCGAGAACUUCAGUGCGUUUAAAUUUGAAAACUAUCUGCAGAUACUUAAAAAAUACCUACGAAAAGCGGAAAAACCUUUGGAACAAGUUGUGCGGAGAUGCAUUGAAAAAGAAAAGAACUUACACACAUCAACUGCUUUGUCACAUUCUGCUUCAAAACAUUGUAAUUUAUUGUUGUUACAUUACGAUGGUCCGCUUAUACCAAAUUUUCACAAUCCACAAUAUAAAGUUAUCAAGUUCAACGAAAUGACAUUUAAAGCUGGGACACUCGCUGAUAGCUGUUGUGGCUUAAGUUGUGGCGCAAUUGUCUGCAUAGAAAAUGUGGCUUACUGCGCAGAACAGAAUGUUCCUGUCAUUAUUGGUCGUGAAUUCUUGGAAAAGGAAGAUCUGUAUAAUGUUCCCUGUUCAUCUUCCUUACUUGAUGUUUAUUCAGUUCAUUCCUUAUCUGAUUUGAAAUCAUGGCCACUUAAAAACAUUGUAAAAAAAUAUGUUAAAUUGCCAGACGCAAAUGAGAAGUUUGCCGUUUUUCCUCUGAUGCAUUCCUACGGUUAAAUGUUAAAUCUGACAGCCAUCUUUCCAUGCUCUUUCCACAUAGAAUGACCGAGAAGAAAAAAAACAACUUUUAUGUUGUUGAAUUCGAGGAUGGACUUCAAAUUAUACCCAAGACUUGGUUGACCAGCGAUUUAAAAAGAGCCAAAUGGCCCAAUUGUUACGUAACUAAUAAGAGAUAUGACAAGGCAGUAAAAGAUAUGGAACAACCUGAUUCUACUUGGGAAGAGCAUCCUAUUAUGAAAGUAUAUAUGGCAUGUCCCGACUAUGCAACGGCACGAACAACAUUAAAGCUAGCCGAGAAGUUAUCAGAUGUAAAUACAGGCUCUGACCGAGAAGAAUAUUUAAAAAAAACACGAAAAAUAAGAGCUGCUAAAACAAAUAAUCCAAGCUCUAAUGACGACAAUAAUGAGUCAACCUCUAGUGACGAUUCAAUAACUGUAUCUCUUCCAAAACCUCCAUCCAAGCAAACUGACAUCAAUAAAGGGACAUUGAUCAAAAAAAGAACUCAGGAAU